ACCACGGAAGUAGUGGAGUAAAUGAAGCAAAAAUGGUUGUACUGCUGCUGGUGAUUCUCAUACUUACUGGUAGUUAUGCUAAACAUUCGUUCAAAAGCACAAACCAUGGGACUGUUGCAACAAUGGUAAACGGGGUCAUUUCUCAAGAAACCUCGUCGGGUCCACCAACUGUUGACGCCAGUGACAAAAUGUUUGGUUCUCCAAAAGUGUCCGACUGCCCACCGUCGGCUGAUGAGCGAUUACUUCCGACGCUAGCGAAUGGACAUCUCGGUUUCACGGUAUUCGAAGACGCGAUCUACAUGAACGGACUAUACAACGGCCACCGGGGGUUGAGUCAUAGGGCAAAGAUAGCGAACGUGGCCAAUCUUCGGCUCGCUGUGACCGAUGAUGGUGACGCCGUCGGUGGGAAUCGCGAGUGGAUGGACUUUGAGAAAGGCACGUUUCACGUCGAUUAUCGAGCGCCUAAUCAUAGCUACAGGGUAGUUCAACUGAUCUAUCCCCAUCAAUUCUACAAUCGUGCGAUCGUCAAUCAAUUCACGAUCGAAAGACUCGCCAGCGAAGACGAUAUUCACAUCGGCAUCAUUCAAAAAAACCCCUCUCCCGGCAGUGAAGACAUCUUGUUCAGCUCCACGGAAACCUUCAUCGCUGACCACGACGCGGAACGGAAUAUCAACCUGUCGCUAUCCUCCUCGAAGAUCCACCGGACCCAGACUGUAAACAUCGACGAGGAUGAAUAUUCAUCAGCCGAGGCACCUUCGACGUUCCAAGUGCACCAAGCAUGUGGCACCACCAGGGAGCUGGAAGAUCCAGAGCAUCCGCACCAGAAGCGACACGUUUGUGUUUUAUGGAAUCAUGUUCCAGAAGAGCUCAUACUGAAACGGUUCGAGCGCACGGUGUCGUACAAAUUUAUAAUGACGGCUGACGAAAGCGCUGGUAUCGCUCGAGAAGAGUUGCUUGAUGCAAUCUCCCUGGACGACGAAGAACUGCUGAGAAAUCAUUCGAACAUUUGGCAUGCUUUCUGGAGCGAUUUCAGCAUACAAACUGAUGGCAAUCGUGACCUGGAGCUGGUAAUCCAAGCGAGCAUAUUCUAUUUGAUAAGCAACUUUCCGUUAGGUGCAUUGAAUCGAACACGUGACUCGAAAGCCUAUCGUUUCGGAGGGCUAAGCCCAACGGGACUCGGCCGGGGCGGUGGAACCAAUCUAAACGACUACGAGGGACAUUCGUUCUGGGAUUCGGAGAUUUGGAUGUUUCCUGUGAUUAAUCUAAUCGGGAACAAAUUCUCCGAGAUGAUGGUUGAUUACAGGUUCAGAACAAGAGCGGCGGCUCGGAACAAUGCGAAGAGCAACGGUUAUCGUGGAAUCAAAUAUCCAUGGGAAAGCGCCUCGACUGGUGUGGAAGUUAUCCAACCUUGUUGUCCGAGAAUAGCACAAUUCCAGCAUCAUGUCACAGCGGAUAUAAGUUUCGCACUCCGUCAGUACUUUUCCACCACGCAUGAUCUAGAUUGGUUACUGGAACGCUCUUUGGCAACCGAGAUCGCAGAGUUUUGGGCCAGCAGACUCUCAUUCGAUCCCGUUACUGGUCUGUACGAUAUUAAAGCGGUUAUGGGACCGGAUGAAGAUCAUGAAAAUGUAACUAACAACGCAUACACCAACGUGGUUGCCGCGUAUGCGCUAUAUUUUGGCGACUUGACCAAAUGUCUGAAAGAUGACAACAGAUCUCCCGCCAGCGGCAAUUGGAGCGCGUUGGCUCGGCGCAUAAAACUGCUUUAUGAUGCCGAAAAUGACUAUCAUCCGCAGUUCGAAGACUACCACUUAGGAACCGUUAUCAAGCAAGCCGAUACCGUGUUACUGGGGUACCCUCUUCAGUACCAGGAAAUGACCACUCAAACUAGGAGUAAUGAUUUACGCUUUUACGAGAAUGUCACAAGACGGACCGGCCCGGCGAUGACCUGGGCUAUGCAUUCUAUCAAUCAUCUUGAUCUGGAGGAAAUAGAGGAUGCGGUGGAAAAAUUCAACAGAAGCUACCAAUGUUAUGUGCGGGGUACCUUCAAAGUGUGGUACGAAGUAGAAGCCGGAAGUGAUGGGGCUAUCAAUUUUAUUACCGGUGCAGGGGGUUUUCUGCAGGCGGUUAUUUACGGAUUCGGAGGUGUUCGGUUAUUUUUGGAUCGUUUAGAAGUUCGAAAUACAAGAUUACCACCCGGUUCAACAAUGUUUCGAAUCAAAGGGUUGAAAUAUAUGGGAGCAAACAUGACCUUGAAGGCCACUGCCGAGAGAACUACUUUAGCGAUAUCCCAAAUUAUGCAAGAUAUAACAAUACAAAUAGGAGAUAAUCCUUCGCAGCUCGUGGAGUUAAAUCGGAUUUACGACAUAUCAAAAGUAUCCACAGUGAUCAGAGCAGCACACAAUAUUUACAAUAAUUGCCCGAUAUCGGAAGAAAUUCUGAGCAAUGUAAAUGUCGUAAACAAACAACAAGAAGACGAAUCGCUGAAUCAAGUUUUCCUGUGGAAACAUCGUUCCAACGGUUUCUGAAUUAUGUCCUUUUCACUACAUUACAUCAAAUAUGCUUUACGAAUACU